UCCUGUCGGUUCAGUUCCUGGUUGCGUUCAGUCGACAGUCUGUACACAGUGUAAUAUUCUUCAACACAAAGCUAAGCUUUUUAGAUAAAUAUGUUUAAAGGUUUGGGAACGUGGCUGGGUUUGGAGACCCCGACGUUGACGAAGACGUCUGACGACAAAGAAGAGCUGAUAGUGGAGCAGGAAGAAAAGGUGGUGGAGGCACAGAACGAGGUAAACAAACAGCAACCAGCUGACCAGGAUGGAGAACCAGAGGAGAAGCAGGAAAACUCUGAGCAGGGCAAAGGACUCGGGGGUUACAUCUUCAGCUUUGCCUCCAGUGCCACAAAGAAGAUCUCUGAGUCAGUGGUAGAGACAGCUCAGACCAUCAAGAAGAGUGUGGAAGAAGGAAAAAUCGAUGGCAUUAUAGAUAAGACAUUUCUAGGAGAUUUCCAAAAGGAGCAAGAGAAGUUUGUUCAAGAGAAGAAGUCAAAGAAAUCAGAAGCAGCAGUUCCUCCCUGGGUCGGAUACAAUGAGGAGGAGACGAUCCAGCAGCAGAUCCUUGCUCUGUCAGCUGACAAGAGGAACUUCCUGAGAGACCCUCCCGCUGGUGUUCAGUUCCACUUCGACAUGGAGCAUAUGUAUCCUCUGGCUGCAGUGAUGCUGGAGGAGGACGAGCUCCUCAACCGCAUGCGCUUUGACCUGGUUCCCAAACAUGUGAAGGAGGAGGUUUUCUGGAGGAAUUAUUUCUACCGGGUUUCUCUGAUCAAGCAGUCGGCUCAGCUCACAGCGCUAGCGGCUCAGCAGCAGCAGAAGGAGGGUGAGGACAGAGGGCCCAGUGUGUCACCAGAAGAUGUUGUGUUAACAGAUAAUGUCAGACCAAAAACUCCACCAGUUUCCAUCAGCAGCAUACAGAAGCCAGCUCAAGAAGAAGAGGAGGAAAUGUCGACGAGUCCAGGUGUUUCUGAGUUUGUGAGCGAUGCUUUUGACUCGACCGGCAUUAACCAGGAGGACCUGAGGAAAGAGAUGGAGCAGCUGGUGCUGGACAAGAAGGACAGCGUCUCCACUCCUGAUGAUGAGUCAGCAGACUGGGAGAAGGAGCUGCAACAGGAGCUCCAGGAGUAUGAGGUGGUGACUGAGACGGACAACAGAGACGACCAGUGGGACCAAGAGAUCGAGAAGAUGCUCCAGGCCGACGACAGCUAGACACCCACCGUGUGUCUGCCUCCUUUAUAAUGAUCUGGCUCAGAGUGGAGGAGUAUCCAUCGGUGGUGAUGAAGGGAUGAACAUCCUCAUCCUCUGCCACUCCUAACUCUGGCAACUGUCUUCUCCUGUACAUGAUGAAGGUGUAGAUCCAUUCAUAGAGAGAGUUUCCCCUCUGCUGGAAACACGGUUAUGUUCAGGUGUUUAGUAAAGAGCUAUGUCAAUGUACCCUCCUGAAUUAGUUUUAUUGACUUGUUUCCCAUACACUCUCUCUUUUUAAUGGAGAGCAGUUGCCUAGAGGGCGCUCUGGUUCAAGUGUAUUGAAUUUUAUAAGAGCUGGGGGGGUAUUUGAGAUCACAUCAGAUUUUAUCUUUGUUUCCACUGCUGCUUCCUGUUGGGUUGUACAGUAAAGUCUUAGUGUAGUUAUAGUAAAGUCAAAUGUAAAGAUACAUUAAUGUAAAUAAAGAGGUUUCUAACACUUCCUUACUCCUAUCUGCAUCUCACCCUCUCUACAGCUGCUUGGUAUUUUACAUUUUGUACUGCAGUUUGAUGAAUGACUUCAAGCAUGUCUACUUUUCCUUUUCUGCAACUAAAACUGUACAUUUCCUGUUUUAUUUGUCAUCCUUUAAUAAAUAUUUAUCUGUUAA